UGUUUUUCAACGUAAAUAAUACGUUUAACGUUUGCAAUGCUCAACGUUGACAUUCAUUAAAAUAGAAUUACUGUACGAGUGAGUGUACGAUAUCAAUAUAAAAAUUAAUUGAUUCAUUCUCAAUAAAUUGUAAAUAAUUUAUCUUAAAUUAAGUUUCUGGAUACUUGAGUAACAAACUCCAGAAUCAAAACAAUGGUUCGAAGCAAUGACAAAGAUAGACAUCAUAGACGUCGUUCAAGGACUAGAUCUCGUUCUCGUGAUCGUGAAAAAAUAUCACGUCAUCGAGAUAGACACAGUAGAUCUCGUGAACGAGAUCGUGAUCGUCGUAGUGAACGUUCUGAACGUGAACGUGAACGUGAUAGAGAUAGAAAACCUAGUGAUAGUAAAGAAAAACGUGUAGAAUCAUCAUCAUCAAAAUCAUCAAGAUCUGGAAAAGAACGUAAACGUUCAAGAUCACGUGAAAAAAAAGAAAAAGAAAAAAUUGAAAAUGAAGAAUUACCAUUUGAUCAUACAAAACUUGAUAAAGAAGAAGAACAAAAACGUUUAGAAUUAGAAAUGCAAAAAAGAAAAGAAAGAAUUGAAAGAUGGCAAGUUGAAAGAAAAAAAAAUGAGAAUAAAACUAUGAUAUUAGCUAAUCUUCAAAUACCAAGAAAAUGGACAUUAGAAAAUGAUAGUGAUGAAGAGCCAUUAUCAAUAAUAAAUGAUACAACAAUAAAUAAAGAAAAAGAUGAAAUAGAAGAAGAAGUUGGAGAAGAAAAAAAUGAUACAAAUAAAGAAACUGAAGAAAAUGAAAUUGAUCCACUUGAUGCAUUUAUGGCUGGUGUACAAGAAGAAGUUAGAAAAUUUAAUAAUGUCGAGGGUAAAGGAAAAAUUGGAUCAACAAAUGGAACUACUGGUAAUGGUAGUGGUACAGCUGGUACAUCACAAAGUGGUGGUGUUGUUAUUGUAACAGGUGUUGCUAAAAAAAAAAUUCAAAAAGAAAAAGGUGAAUUAAUUGAACAAAAUCAAGAUGGUCUUGAGUAUUCAAGUGAAGAAGAAGGUGAAAAUCUACAUGAAACUGCUGCUGGUAUUGCUAAUAAACAAAAAAGAGAACUUGCUAAAGUUGAUCAUUCAACAACUGAUUAUAUGCCACUUAGAAAAUCAUUUUAUGUUGAAGUACCAGAAAUAAGUCGUAUGACACAAGAUGAAGUUGAUCUUUAUAAAGAAGAACUUGAAGGUAUUAGAGUUAAAGGUAAAGGUUGUCCAAAACCAAUUAAAUCAUGGGCACAAUGUGGUGUUACUAAAAAAGAAUUAGAAAUAUUAAAAAAAUUAAAUUAUGAAAAACCAACGCCAAUUCAAUGUCAAGCAAUACCAGCAAUAAUGUCAGGUAGAGAUUUAAUUGGAAUUGCAAAAACAGGAAGUGGUAAAACACUUGCAUUUUUAUUACCAAUGUUUAGACAUAUAUUAGAUCAACCAUCAUUAGUAGAUGGUGAUGGACCAAUUGCUGUUAUAAUGACACCAACAAGAGAACUAUGUAUGCAAAUUGGUAGAGAUUCUAAAAAAUUUACAAAACAACUUGGAUUAAGUCAUGUUUGUGUAUAUGGUGGUACUGAAAUAUCAAAACAAAUUGCUGAACUUAAACGUGGAGCUGAAAUUAUUGUAUGUACACCAGGUAGAAUGAUUGAUAUGCUUGCAGCAAAUAGUGGAAGAGUUACAAAUUUAAAAAGAGUUACAUAUAUUGUAUUAGAUGAAGCUGAUAGAAUGUUUGACAUGGGUUUUGAACCACAAGUUAUGCGUAUUAUGGAAAAUGUUAGACCAGAUAGACAAACAGUAUUAUUUUCAGCAACAUUUCCACGACAAAUGGAAGCACUUGCUAGAAGAAUAUUAACACGACCAGUUGAAGUACAAGUUGGUGGUAGAUCAAUUGUAUGUAAAGAAGUUGAACAACAUGUUAUUGUACUUGAAGAAGAUCAAAAAUUUUAUAAAUUAUUAGAAAUUCUUGGUCAUUAUCAAGCUAAAGGUUCAAUAAUUGUAUUUGUUGAUAAACAAGAAAAUGCUGAUACAUUAUUAAAAGAUCUUAUGAAAGCAAGUUAUUCAUGUAUGUCAUUACAUGGUGGAAUUGAUCAGUGUGAUCGUGAUUCAACAAUAUUAGAUUUUAAAGCUGGAAGAACAAAACUUCUUAUAGCAACAUCUGUUGCUGCACGUGGAUUAGAUGUUAAACAAUUAGUAUUAGUUGUUAAUUAUGAUUGUCCAAAUCAUUAUGAAGAUUAUGUUCAUAGAUGUGGUAGAACUGGACGUGCAGGAAAUAAAGGAUAUGCAUAUACAUUUAUUACACCUGAACAAGAACGUUAUGCUGGUGAAAUUGUUAGAGCUCAUGAGCUUGCUAGUGUUGCUGUUCCAGAUGCUUUAAGAAGAUUGUGGGAUCGUUAUAGAGCUCGUCAAGCAGCAGAUGGUAAAAAAGUACAUACUGGAGGUGGUUUUAGUGGUAAAGGAUUUAAAUUUGAUGAAAGUGAAGCAGCUCUUGCAAAUGAAAAAAAGAAAUUUCAAAAAGCAGCACUUGGUCUACAGGAUUCUGAUGAUGAAGAUGUUGAAAAUGAUAUUGAUCAAAAAAUUGAAAGUAUGCUUGCACCAAAAAGAACAGUUAGAGAAAUAACAAGACCUGUUGCUGCUGCUGCUAAUAUAACAAUACCAGGACAACCAGUUGCAAGUGCAACAGAUAAACUUGAAUUAGCUAAAAAACUUGCAUCUAAAAUAAAUAUUGCUAAAAAUUUAGGUGCUGAAGCUAAAGGUGCAACUCAACAAGCUGCUGAAGCUAUAUUAAAAGGUGCUGGACCAACAAAUCUUAUAACAGCUAAAACAGUUGCUGAACAAUUAGCAGCAAAAUUAAAUACAAAAUUAAAUUAUCAACCACGUGAAGAAGAUCUUAUUGAAGGAGAUUCUGAAACUGGUGAACAAACAUUUAGAAAAUAUGAAGAAGAAUUAGAAAUUAAUGAUUUUCCACAACAAGCUAGAUGGCGAGUAACAAGUAAAGAAGCAUUAGCACAAAUAUCUGAAUAUUCAGAAGCUGGUUUAACUGUUAGAGGUACAUAUAUUCUUAAUGGUAAAGCACCACCAGAAGGUGAAAGAAAACUUUAUCUUGCUAUUGAAUCAACAAGUGAACUUGCUGUUAGCAAAGCUAAAGCCGAAGUAUCUAGAUUAAUUAAAGAAGAACUUAUUAAACUUCAAUCAUCUGGUACUCAUUCGGGAUCACGUGGACGGUACAAAGUUUUGUAAAUUAUUUAGAAAUAAUUUAACUUUUUUAUGGUCUAAAGAU